AAGUAUUGACAAUAAAUAUCAAUUAUUUGUUAAAUUCUUUUGCACAUCUGCAUUCCACGCUCACGCACUUGUACCCGCCCUUUUUUAUUCUCUCGCUGCGAUGAGCAGAGUGCCCAAAGUAUUUAACAAGACUUGCUCUACUCCCAGGCGCCCUUAUGAAAAAGAACGUUUAGAUCAAGAACUUAAACUAAUAGGUAGUUAUGGAUUAAGAAACAAGCGUGAGGUCUGGCGCGUUAAACUAGUACUCGCUAAGAUACGCAAGGCAGCUCGGGAACUUCUUACUCUCGAUGAAAAAGACCCGAAGAGGCUUUUUGGUGGUUCCGCCCUACUUCGCAGACUUGUACGAGUUGGCGUUUUGCCCGAGGAUAAAAUGAAACUUGAUUUUGUCCUUGGUCUCAAAAUUGAGGAUUUUCUUGAUCGCAGACUUCAGUCGCAUAUAUUUAAGAAAGGUCUCGCUAAAAGUAUACAUCACGCUCGUGUUCUGAUAAGACAACGUCAUAUCCGGGUUAGGAAACAAAUGGUCAACGUGCCUAGCUUCAUGGUGAGGCUAGAUUCUGGCAAGCACAUCGACUUUAGCUUAAAGUCUCCUCAUGGUGGCGGUCGCCCUGGCAGAGUCAAACGAAAAAAGCAGCGUUUAGCUGCUUCUGGAGGUGAUGGGGACGAUGAUGGUGCAGAUGAUGAGUAG